GAUCCUCCCACCGGGAUAGUAAUGAAGCGUCCAUAAGGCGCGCAUAUCCGCGGGGUAUUGGUGUCGUCACGCCGGUCCCGUCACGCCGGUCCCGUCCUAGUCGGUCCCAGUCCGUCUCGAUACGGGUGGCAGGUGGGUUGCCGCGUUGGGUCACGGGGGAAGGGGAGGAGCCACCAUAUGGAAGGAGGUGAAGCGGUGACAAAUGCCGACCGGGUAUCGACGAAUUGAAGCCCUCUAUGUUGCAGCAUGCAAUGUGAAGCCGAAGAUGGUGGGUGGAUGAGAAUGAGGAUGAGGAACUCGGGGAGAGCGCCUGUGCAUGCGGAUGGGCCUUGAGGAGCUUAGGGAGAGACGGUGUUCCGCAUUGGCCCACCUUUUUUGACUCUAGCUCCAUGCUCUACUCCAAGUCUCCGAUGUCCAACGACGGACCCUUUGUCCAGCUCCCGCGCACCACGACAAUCAAAAGCAAGGAUCAUUCCUCCCCUCCCCCGCCGAUAAAGAGCAGCGCCGUUCCUAACAUUUUUUUUUCCGCUGCCAACAUCCUCCAGCCAGUUCCUCCAGUCCACACCCCUCCAUUCUCCCCCGCCAUAUCCGGAUACCACACUCCCAGAAUGCCGCCACCACCACCAGCAACCGUCCAGAACUGUGAGGUCUACGGAAUCUCCGACACUGCCGGCGUCACCAUUCCCGCUCCCUUCUCCUGCGAAGAUGUCCCUGGAAGACGAGCAAAGGCCGGAAAGCUUAACGGAGGAAUAGCGGCGGCUACCAGUAGCGAGCUGUUCAAGUCUCCCGCACCAUGGAAGCCCAUGGCUAAGCGGCUCGACCAUCGUCUGAGCGCGGAGAGCAAGGCCCGCAAGUCCACAGUGCUCAAGAGUCUAGCAACACACCUGGCCAACCCAGGAAUCAUCUCAUUGGGCGGAGGACUCCCGUCGAGUGAUUACUUCCCGUUCGAGCACUUUGACAUCAAGGUUCCCGCCGAGGGCAAGUCGGCCUACGAUCUGUCAAUCGCGCUGAACUACGGCCAGUCGUCCGGCGCUGCGCAGAUGAUCCGAUGGGUCACCGAGCACACUGAGAUCGUACACAACCCGCCAUACCGGGAUUGGGGAUGCACGCUGUCCGCGGGUAGCACAUCCUCCCUCGACAUGGUCUACCGCAUGUUCCUGGAGAAGGGCGACUACGUGAUCUCGGAGAACUACACUUUCGCCACAGCGGUCGAGACUUCUCAUCCGCUCGGCUGCAAGUUUAUCGGCGUGGACAUGGACAGCGAAGGCAUGCUCCCCGACGCGCUCGACGAGCUUCUGACCACCUGGGACGUCGCCGCCCGCAGCGCACGCAAGCCAUUCCUCGUCUACACCGUUCCCACCGGGCAGAACCCGACCGGCGCUACCCAGAGCACCGAGCGCCGCCGGAAAAUCUACGCCGUUGCGCAGAAGCACGAUCUGGUGAUCAUCGAAGACGAGCCCUACUACUUCCUCCAGAUGCAGCCGUACACCGGCCCGGGCCAGCCGCCGGCACCCCUCCCGGCAAACCACAAGGAGUUCCUCAAAUCCAUCAUCCCCUCGCUACUGAGCAUGGACGUCGACGGCCGCGUCGUCCGUCUCGACUCCUUCUCGAAGGUUCUUGCGCCCGGUUCCCGCUGCGGAUGGGUCGUCGCCCCCGACCAGAUCUGCGAGCGCAUGCAGCGGCACGCCGAGGUCUCGACCCAGCACCCCGCGGGCAUCUCACAGGUGAUCCUCCACCGCCUCGUGGACGAGGAGUGGGGCCACGGCGGCUACCUCGACUGGCUGAUCAACCUCCGCGUCGAAUACACGCAGCGUCGCGACGUGCUGAUGAAGGCGUGCGACGACCACCUGCCGCGAGAGAUCUGCUCGUGGACGCCACCCGCGGCAGGCAUGUUCCACUGGAUGCAUCUGGACGUCUCGAAGCACCCCGAUUUUGGGAAGAGGAGUGUCCAGAGUAUCGAGGACGAAGUGUUUAAGACCGCCGUUGCAGGCGGCGUGCUGAUCACGCCUGGUAGCUACUUCCUCGCCGAUGGAGAGGCGGAGUUGCAACAGAUUUUCUUCCGCGCUACGUUUGCGGCUGCUGCGUCCGAGGCUAUGGUCGAGGCGAUCAGGCGGUUCGGUGUGGCCAUUAGACAGGUCUUCCGGAUCGAGAACUAAUAAGCAGAAGAUGAAGUGUCCACGCGGCGCAGAUGGCUAGCUAGCUAGCUCUCUCUCUCUUUCGGCAUAUAGCAAGCUUCUCGAAGCAUCAUUCCUUGCUUGCUUGCUUUUGCCUUGUUCCCGGAGUUCGUAGGUAUAUGAUAUGAUGUAUGUAGGGGCUGGGACUGGGGCUGGGGCUGGGGCUGGGGCUGGGUUACUGUAAUUUUUUAGAGUAUGUAAAGCAGAG